UGCUUCUCAAAAGCACUUUUUAAUUUCCAAUUUUUCUUUUUCUGAUUUCAGAGAAACCAAACGAGACACCCAAAAACCCAAUCCCCAUCUUUCAUCUCUGUGACGGCUCACAGAAAAAUUUUUUUAAAAAAAGGAAAAGAGAAAUUUUCAAUUUCAAAAUUAAAAUACAGCUUUUACUAAGCUGUUCUUUCUUGCUUUCUUCCUCUUCUAAAUUUCCCUUAACGCGUUUCUCAGUUCUCGUUUCGCAUCCUUUCACACUGCGAAACCCACUUCAAAUAUCACUUCUUUCCUCAAAAAACCCACUAAAAGAUCAUGGCUUUACACUUAAAUCUCCUCGUUUUGAUCGUUGUACUUACAAUUCCCUUCACUAUCUCUCAAUCAAACACAGAAGCACCAGCACCAGCAGCCAGUGCUUGUAAUGGGAUUUUCUUAUCUUAUCAAUAUGAAAGAGGAACCCAACUCAAACCCACAGUAACAAACCACCAACCAUAUAGAUUUGAAUCCACACUUACUAUAUCAAAUAACGGUCUUGAUGCACUUAAAUCGUGGAAAGUCUUUGUGGGCUUUCAGAAUGAUGAGUUUUUAGUGUCCGCAUCUAAUGCUGUUCUUGCCGAUGGUACUAGUUUGCCUGCUAAUGUCGGGAAUGGUACUGUUUUUGCUGGGUUUCCUAUGACUGAUCUCAAAACUCCAAUUGAAACUGCUGGUGAUUCUUCUCAGACUUCUGUUCAGGUUAAACUUUUGGGCACCCAGUUUGGAGUUUCUCUGAAGGCUGUUCCUUGGCCGUCUAAUAUUACUCUUGCUAAUGAUGGCUUCGUCUGCCCUGGGACAACAAAGGAAGGCAAUAUGAUGUAUGUUUGUUGCACCAGAGAUGAGAACUUCAAAUCAAAUAUCACUGUGGAGGAGGAGUUCUUGCCUCGCCAAAAUGGGGAUCUUACAAUUAUGUAUGAUGUGCUGAAAACAUAUGAUUCUAGUUACUGGGCUCAGGUUACUAUUGCAAAUCACAAUCCCCUUGGUCGUCUUGAUAACUGGAAAUUAAGCUGGGACUGGAUGAGAGAUGAAUUUAUAUACACCAUGAAAGGGGCUUAUCCGAACGUUGUUGAUUCAACUGACUGCAUAUUUGGUUCACAAGGUACAUUCUACAAGGAAUUAGAUUUUGCCAAUGUAUUAAACUGUGAAAGAAGGCCAACCAUCAUUGACCUGCCUCCAACCAAGUAUAAUGACACAACCCUUGGGUUGAAACCCUCAUGUUGUCGAAAUGGUACAAUCUUGCCACCAUCAAUGGACCCAAGCAAGUCAACUUCAGUGUUCCAUAUGCAAGUUUUUAAAAUGCCUCCUGAUCUGAACCGUUCCGAGCUCACACCACCCCAGAACUGGAAGAUCAAUGGCACACUUAAUCCUGAUUACCAAUGCGGUCCUCCAGUUAGAGUGAGCCCUAGCCAAUUUCCUGAUCCAAGUGGUUUACCAUCAGAUUCAACUGCUGUUGCCAGCUGGCAGGUAGUAUGCAAUAUCACUAAUCCCAAAGGAGCAAGCCCCAGAUGUUGUGUGUCAUUUUCUGCUUACUACAAUGAUUCUGUUGUCCCAUGUAGUACUUGUGCAUGUGGAUGCCCUAUUAAUACAGCUAGGACUUGUAGUGCAACUGCUCCAGCUGUUCUUCUUCCUCCGGAGGCGCUGCUUAUACCUUUUGACAAUCGGACUGCUAUGGCUAAAGCUUGGGCUGCCCUUAAACAUCGACCAGUGCCGAACCCAAUGCCUUGCGGAGAUAAUUGUGGGGUUAGUAUCAACUGGCAUGUUCAUACAGAUUAUACUCGCGGAUGGAGUGCAAGGAUCACAAUCUUCAACUGGGAUGAAAUUGCAUUUCCUGAUUGGUUUGCUGCUGUACAAUUAGACAAAGCAGCUGCUGGUUUUGAAGCAACAUACUCAUUCAAUGGAAGCUCUCUGGAAGGGGCCAACAAUACCAUAAUCAUGCAGGGGAAUCCAGGGUUGAACUAUCUUGUUGCAGAAACCGAUGGACCUGAUCCGCAAAAAACUCCUAGGGUGCCUGGAAAACAACAGUCUGUGAUCUCAUUUACUAAGAAACUCACACCCGGGCUCAAUGUGGCUGCUGGAGAUGGUUUUCCCACUAAAGUAUUUUUCAAUGGCGAGGAGUGUGCGCUCCCUAAAAUAUACCCGACAAGCAACAGCAAUAGAAAGAGGUCGGCUAUAUUUUUAUCGGUCCUUGUAGCAGCUGCGGUGUUCAUGCUGAUGCAGCAGUAGGUGUGAGGUGAGAAACUGCUUGGUCUUGCAGCAGCUUCUAAUUCUUUUCAUUCUUUCCGUAUUUGAUGUAUGCAUACUCACCCGAGAGAUUUCGAAUUGCAAAAAUUACCAGAAGAUGUGCGCACCAUGACCGAGAUUUAGUAUGUAUAUGUGUUUUAUGAGUGAUUAUUUCUGGUGGGGUGUGCUGUUGUGCUCUGCAGCUCCCGAAUGGAUGGAUAUGAUAUGUAGUACACUGAUAGCAUUAUUUUGAAAUGCUAAUGUAUUUGACAUCAUGGGUAGGCAAUACUGAACAGUAAAUUUUUUAGUUGGUCAGUGUUGUCCUUUUGCUAUGUUGCCACUGCUUAAUUUGUUCACAGGAAGCAAGUUUUUUGCAUUUCUUCUUUUUA